CCCUCCCCCACCCCCCACAUUACGCGUGACGUGCGUGACGCGACCACAUUUUUAGGUUAAGAAUUCUAACCCUUGUGUUUUCAAAAUUUCAAAAAUAAAAAUAUUAAAGGAAGUAAUAAAGAUGGGGCGUCGCAAACCUGGAUUUCGAAAAAAUGCUACUUUUCACGGAAAGGCAAAUCAAAAUCAACAGAAUGGACAAGAUGGAAAGGAAAGGAAGCCAUACAACGAUAUUAUACGCGAAAAUGAAAAAUUCGUCUCUUAUUAUAAUAAACAAGGUGUCUGUAAGUCAGAGGAAUUCGAUAGUUUCAUUGCUACCCAUAAGACUGAUUUACCAGCCACCUUCAGAAUUACCGGAUCCAAGACAGUUGCUAAGAAGAUGCUGGAAAUUGUACAGGACCAACUGAUCACAAGUUGCGUGAAACAAAUGGAUGAGUCUGGAAAUCCUCCAAAUAUAUUUCCUUUACCAUGGUACCCAAAUAAACUUGCUUGGCAAAUGGAACUUACUAGGAAAGAUAUUCGCAGAAAUGAGGCCUAUUAUAAAUUACAUAAUUUCCUAAUAUCUGAAACUGAGAAUGGAACAAUAUCACGUCAAGAGGCAGUUAGCAUGAUACCGCCAUUGCUAUUGGAUGUUCAACCCCACCAUAAAAUACUAGACAUGUGUGCAGCUCCUGGUUCAAAAACUGCGCAACUAUUAGAAAUGCUGCAUGCUAAUGAUGAUCCUAUCCCUUCGGGAUUUGUUAUUGCAAAUGACGUUGAUAAUAAACGCUGUUACAUGCUCGUACAUCAAGCUAAGAGAUUGAAUUCACCUUGUAUAGUGAUUAUUAAUCAUGAUAGUGCUGUGCUACCUAAUUUAUACUCAACUUUGGCUGAUGGGUCUACUGAACAGGUUAAAUUUGACAGAGUAUUAUGUGACGUUCCAUGUGCUGGAGAUGGUACAAUGAGAAAAAAUCCUGACAUUUGGAUGAAAUGGACUCCUGCAAAUGGACUCAAUCAACAUGGGAUUCAGACCAGAAUACUGAGAAGAGGUAUAGAGCUAUUAGAAGUUGGUGGAAAAAUAGUGUACUCGACAUGCUCCAUCAACCCUAUAGAAAAUGAAGCUGUUAUUCAUAGAGUUUUGGCUGAAUUUGAUGGUGCUGUAGAAUUGGUUGAUGUUACACAUAGCUUGCCGGGACUCAAGUUUUCACCGGGUAUGGAAACAUGGUUAGUGGCAAGUAGAAAUCUGGAAUUCUAUUCUACUUUUGAAGAGGUAGAUGAAAAGUGGAAAACAACUAUUAGACCUCAGAUGUUCCCACCAAAAGCAGAAGAUAGAGAAAAGUAUCAUUUGAAUAGGUGUAUAAGAAUUCUGCCUCAUCAGCAAAACUCAGGAGCAUUUUUCGUCGCAGUAUUGAAAAAAGUAAAAGCAGUAAAUGCAAAGGAAGAUUCUAAGUCAGCGACAAAUAUGGAAUGUGGAGAUGAUACACAAUCCAAGAAACGUGAAAAUGAAGAUAACCUUCCUUAUAACCAAAGAAAAAAACGUAGGAAAGAAAUUUAUAGAGAAGACCCAUUCGUUUUCUUCAAUGAAGAUGAAGACGUUUGGAACGACAUCAAAUCAUUCUACAAAGUAUCGGAUAGCUUUGACUCGAAAUGUUUGCUGACCAGAUGCCAUGUUGGGAAAAAGAAGAACAUCUAUCUUACGUCAGAAGCUGUUCGAAACUUGGUUGUCACAAAUCAGCCAAAUAUCAAAUUCAUUAAUACUGGAGUCAAAGCGUUUGUUAGGUGUGAUAAUAAGCACAUGAAGUGUGCAUUCAGGAUAGCUAACGACGGGUUGGACAGUAUAUUUCCUUUCAUAGGAGAUGAUCGAAAAGUUUAUAUCCCAAAAGAUGAUUUAAUAACGUUAUUGCUGAACGAUAAUCCUCAGAAAUCGCCCCCAAUAGUAACGUUAUCAGAAAUGGUGCAGAAGCAAGUAAAAGAUCUGAGUUUAGGAAGCUGCGUUUUGAUCUAUAAAGAAGAAUCGGAGAAUGAUAAAACACCCCUAGUUAUCCACAUAAGUGGUUGGAGAGGCGCAACAUCUCUCAGAUGUUAUAUGGAUAAACAUAGUACUGUUCACUUGUUGAGAUUGCUCGGUGGUGAUAUCUCCAAAUAUGAUGUAAAUAAAUUUCAAAAAGCGAGAGAAGAUGAAGAUGGCCAAUGUGAAGAAGCUGAUGGGACAGAGGAGACUGAAAGGGACGGGACUGAAACGGAAGACGUUUCUGAAAAAAAAGAGAAAUCCUGUAAUGAAAAGUUGCAACAACAAAGUAGCUAGUACUUUGGACAUGCAAUAAGCGUUUGUAAAAAUAAAAAUGCUUGUUUUUUAAGAUUUUAAUUUACAUUUACGUAUCUUUUAGCGAUUUACAUAAAAAUAUGUAUUUUGUAAUCUUGUAUAACGAUAUCAACAAAACAAAUAACAUCGAAUUGCACAGAAUUGUGAAGUACAUGUGAAUAUAAAAUCUGUUAAAAUAAAAA